CUGGCGCUACAUACUGGGUACAAGGAAGUGUAGGAAGUUGCAUGCUCAGAUAGCGCUCGUCUCCAUAUAACUGCAACUGGAGCAUUUGAAAAAAGAAAAAGCUCAUCUUCCAUUUGAUCCGAUCUCCCUUAGCUGCGACAGCCGGAGCUUAAGAUGGCAUACCCAGGAUACGGCGGAUAUGGGGGUCCACCACCAGGUGUCCCAGUCCAAGGAAUGUCUAUGCCUGGAGGCCCCAUGGGAGGCCCUAUGGGAGGCCCCAUGGGGGGGGCGGGUCCUGCUGGAUUCCCUGGCUAUGGUGCCUAUCCUGGAAAUUUUGCCCAGCCCCCUGUCAAUGACCCAAUGUGGAGUUAUUUCAGAGCAAUAGCGGGGCAGGAUGGUGAAAUUGAUUCUGAAGAACUUCAGAGGUGCUUGACACAGACCGGGGUCAGUGGGACUUACACUCCAUUUAGUUUGGAGACCUGCAGAAUCAUGAUUGCUAUGCUGGAUGUGGAUAUGACUGGGAAGAUGGGAUUCAAUGAGUUUAAAGAGCUCUUCGCCGCUCUUAAUGGCUGGAAGCAGAAUUUCAUGAUGUUUGAUCAGGAUCGAAGUGGCACUGUGGAGCCUCAUGAGAUGGCUCAGGCCGUCUCCUCCAUGGGUUACAGAAUAAGCCCUAAUACACUGAAUGGCAUCAUUAAGCGCUACAGUAAGGCUGGUAGGAUCGCUUUUGACGAUUAUGUGGCCUGCUGCGUUAAGCUGCGGUCUCUCACAGAUGCAUUUAGGAGGAGAGAUGCCAUGCAGCAGGGUGCUGUGAACUUCCAGUACGAUGAUUUUCUCCAGUGCACAAUCACCAUCUGAAUCACCUGCGGAGGAAUUUGUGUGGAAGCAAGAAUUGACGAAAGGGCAUUUCAGGAUAUUUUUAGCUACUCCUUGGUUGCAGAAACAAGAGAGAUUUUUCCCACACUGCAGAUGCAGAUUUCAGAAUUUUUAAAUAUUGAUGUAUUAAUAAGCACAUUAAUUGUAAUAAAUGGCUGUGUCACCACCUUGCAUUAUAAUAACCUUGCAUUUGAAAGUGUAAUCUUAGGUUUAGCUUCACCGUACUAAAAUUGGUUAAUUGCAAUGAAAAUGUAAAUAGCAUAGUGAAGUGUGUAGUAACCUUUGGCGUUAAAAGACGGACACAGACACCUGUGUGCUAACUUUGAAUAUUUUUGCCCAAGACCAUUUGAUUUCCCUUUAAUCCCAGAUUAGUAUCUUCCCAUUUAUAUAGUGACGAGACAAUGGAAAUUGCCUAUCGAGCAAGGUUACAUACUGACUGACCUACUAAUAUACCCUAGAUGUUAUGCCCUGCAAAGUUUCCUGCAAUUUUAGUGAUGAAAUUCCUACAUUCUCUUUAACAAAAGCCAAAUGUGUCUUUAGUGUCCUGUAACAUGAUCAUAAAAAUCAGCAUAGAUUUGUUCUACAUCCAGGGAUAGUAGUGUGGAGAUUUGUGUAGGAUGUAAGUAGGUAAAUGCAAGUGCCAAAGUGAGUCCAGUGGUUGUGUUUACCCAGGAAAUAUUGCAGAUGAGCAUGAAAGUACAACACUUGCUGUGUGCACUCAUUUAAAGGAAAGGUCUUCACGAAAACUGCAUGUGUGUCAGGCACGUAUGGCAAGUACUGUCAUGAAAUGUGUGUCUUCUGCCAACACAGGCUGCUGGGGUGUUUUUGUAGCAUAAUCAGUUACAGUGCUAAGAAUUUUUUGCUUCAAAGUUUUUAAGCCAUAAAUUGACACAUUUCAUUUUAACAGAAGAUUUCUGUGCCAUUGUAUUGACAUUUCACUGUCUUAAGCAAAUUAGUAUUAAGACAAAUUGCCAACAGUGUGUCGUUUCAUUAAAAUUGGACAAUUUUUGGAGAUUAAUAUAGGAUCUUCUGUCAGAUGUGCUUUGCUCUGUCCCUGUAUGUUUCUUUCAUUAUACAAAAUAUUAAAAGUCCUUUGUAUUUGCCAA